AGGAGCGAGGGCUGGGAUCCAGCCACACCAUUCACACCGCUGUGUGGACAGGCUUGACCUUCAGGCUGAGCACUGACCGACUGGGCGCCACUACAGCUGACCACUACAGGUGGAAGAACUAACAGAGACCAUCAGUCAAAGGCAACCAGACCUGACACCAAGCCUGGACUAUGGAAUGUAUCGUCUCUUCUUGGUCCGAAGACGUAUUCGGCGACAUGGAGGCCUUCCCUAUACUACAAGGACGAGCUGCGGCCUUGAGACAGACUGAUCAAGAAAUUUUCCGCCUGCAGCCGCCCAAGUCCCCCUUUCCACUGCCGGAACAAAGUUCCGACUCUGAAGGAGCAAAUUUGAUUGUUAUUCCGCCGAAAAUGUCAAGUAAAGCACAAAUUGAGACGAUCCCAUGUAAAAUCUGUGGGGACAAGUCUUCAGGCAUCCACUAUGGAGUUAUUACCUGUGAGGGUUGCAAGGGCUUCUUCAGACGAAGUCAACAGAACAACGCUGCCUACUCUUGUCCCCGGAACAAGAAUUGCCAGAUUGACCGGACGAACAGAAACCGCUGCCAGCAUUGCAGACUGCAGAAAUGCCUUGCCCUGGGCAUGUCCAGAGAUGCGGUUAAGUUUGGCCGAAUGUCCAAGAAGCAAAGAGACACAUUGUACAUGGAGAUCUUACGGCAACAGAAAGAACAAGGCAAGACAAACGAGGCCGAGGCUACAUAUAUCCCCUCUCCUCCGGCAACAACAAAACCAGCAUUCCCCUAUGAACCUCAGUACCCCUUGCCUGACACUUCGGCCGAAAUCCCGCCCAAGAUGAUAAAGCCACCAAACAACGGGCUGUCCAACGGACUCGCUUAUGCCAUGAUCACAGAGGGAGAAAUAUUGCAGAUCACAUUUGAGAUCACAGAAGCCUACCAGAAAACUACAAAGUACACCAUCAGUGACAUCCAGUCCCUCUGGUCGGAGUACCACACAGAGAUCACUGCCCAGAAGUACCGCAGCAUGCCUCGAGUGGAUUUCUGGAAGUUCUGUGCUGAGCAGAUCACAGGGUGCAUUCAGAUGGUUGUGGAGUUUGCCAAGAAUAUCCCCGGCUUCAUGGACUUGUGUCAAAAUGAUCAGAUCAUCCUCCUGAAGACAGGCUGUUUUGAGAACUUGUUAGUGCGCAUGAGCAGAGAAAUCAACCCCAACACCAACGCAGUUCUGUUUGAUGGGAAAUUUGCAAGUAUUGAUUUCUUCUCCAUACUUGGUUUGAAUGACUUGGUGUCGGCCAUGUAUGACCUGGGUAGGAGUGUGUGCAUGCUGAAGCUGACUGAGCAGGAGCUGGCCCUCUUCUGUGCAGUAGUCCUAGUCUCAGCAGACCGACCGGGCCUGCGCGAGCCGAUGGCUGUGGAGAAGCUUCAGGAGAAGAUCAUCCAGGCCCUGAGGUACCAGGUGUCUCAGACCCACCCCGCGGAGCCCUCCUUCCUGGCCAAGAUCCUCAUGAAGAUGCCCAACCUGCGCUCGGUGGCGGCGCGGCACAUGGAGGAACUGGCGGCGCUGAAGAUGCAGAGCCCCAGCCUGCCCGAGUUCCCUCCCCUGUACAAGGAACUGUUCAUGCCCCCCGAGCCUGUCCAGAACACACUCGGUGGGGAGCACGCACUUCACCCGCACCAUCACAUGCUUGCAUAGAGACUCGGCCUGUAGUCGCUGUAGUGGUAUUUGGGAGGCGGUAAGCUCUGCAUAGCUUUAUUGCUCUGUGUAUAUAUAUAUUACAGUGAUUUGUAACUUUGCUGAAAAUAAUCAUGCUUUUUUGCUUAUACAUUUGUAUUUGCUUAUAUUAGGCUGAUGUGCUACUGCAUCUGCCAUGUUUUCUUACUUUUAAUUGCUGAUUGCUUGCAAGCUUAAGAUAAUCAGGCAACUGAUUUAGCGUCAUCAGGUGCUUUAUACUACAUGUACAGUCCUCAAUGUAUAUUCCCGGCACAUUUUAACCCCUAUGUUCUCUGUUGUUAGAAAUAGACCCACCACAGAGGGGGAAGGGCAGGUGUUUCCAUCGAUCUUUCCAAACGUACAAGAACAAAUGUAAGGAGCAUGUCCUGUCUUCAGCCCAUGUCAAGACAUGCUUCUUUCCUCAAACCUUGCUGCUCAGGUGUCAGUAGAGAUCUCCUAGUUCACAAAUUAACAACCGACAAACCUCAAAAUAUAUAUAAGUAUAACUGCCGAUCCACAGUUGAAUGUCUUGCCACAGCUUGCCUCAGGUCAGGGCAAGUGGUUAUGGUGGUCAUUAUUACUACAUGAAUUAUAAAUGGUCUUGUCUGCAUGCGCACAAAUGACAGCAGUGAGUUCCUGAAAGAUACAAAAAAGGUGUUCAGUGACUCUGAAUCAGACUUCUGUCAGGAAGUGUGUACAAGUUUUGUUUGUGCUGGCUGGUUUCAAAUAGUCUUCUAUUUUGCACUAAUCCUACCUCAGUCUAGAGCGUAGCGGAGGCAGGCGGGACCCGCUAGAGGGAGGACGUCAGGACCAGCAGAAGUUUGCUUCCACACAGCUGCAGGGUUCAGGUCCAGAGGGAACUUACAGCUCUGGAAAUGACUCUGCAGUUGUUGUUGGAAGCAAUGGUCCACAACGGAGAGAAGACUCACAGUUGGAAGAAGAAGAAGAAUUCCUCGAGAUAAUCUCAUGGACACAUACUCCAGAGAUUGCUGCUGUCACAUGCACAAUUAUGACAGUGAUAUAUUAUAGAAAUAUACAUAAGGUAUGUAUAGAAUAUAUAUUUGUGAUUCAAAAAGAGCCAAUCAAAAUAAGACCAUUUGUUACCAGCACGCAGCUUUUAAAAUGUGAUGAUAAAAACUGCUGUCAGCUGUGCACUUGCAUUCUGGUGGGACAAAAAAAUCUUUGUUAAUUUUAUAUAUAUAUAGAUAUAUAUAAAUAUAUAUUAAUAUGGGCAAAAGGGAGAGUGGAUUUUGUUGUAAUCAGUAUACCAAAUAAGGCUUUUACAGGGUGAGUGUAUUGUGUGAAUGAGUGUAUGUGUUUUAAAAUAGAUGGUGACCUAGUAUCUGUUACCUAACAUCCACCUUCACCAGAUGUACUCCUUCAUAGAUGUGUAUACAUCCAAGAAUUUAAAUUCAGUUUUUUCCAGCUCAUAUCCUGAUCAUUUUUAAGAUGGUUUUAUAGCUAUAGUAGCCUGAGAAUAGUUGCCGAUUUUAUCGCGUUUAAUCAUGAAAUCCACUAUUGGGCCAAAUGCCUAUCUGAAGACCAGGAUGUCAACAGUAUUUUAGGUGAAUUGGGAGGAGCAUGGUACAGUCCCAAGUUCUCUUUGUAAAUACACAUUCAGUCACUUGGGCAUGGCCAAUGCAACAGUAGGGAUUGCCAGACUAGUACUGGAGCAGAGGUAUUGUAUUAUACCACUAAAGAUGCUCUAACAUAAGGGAUAUCCCUAAUAGUUUAGCCUGAAGUUCUACAUGAGUAAGUGUCUAAGUUGGCGAAUGUUUGCUUGCCAUGGUUUUGGAGGGUCGUAUGGAAGGGCACAGAUGAGAAGUCAGUUGAGAAAGGUGUUAAUGACCAUGCUGUCUGCUGAGCACCCCACUGCACAGAUGGUUGGUACUGAUCUGUAGAGUAGUGUGAUUUGAUAUGUACCAACAAUCACUUGUAAUGUAGAAGAAAGGCAUGUACUUUUUACAUAUAUCAUUAUUAUUACAACAAAAAAUGUUCGUACUCAUAUACAGUACAGUAUUAAGGUUAUCUAUUUCAGAAGAGAAAGGGUUUACCCGGAAACUCAACAGCAACCACCAGUCUGGCCCUAACAAGCACAUCUAUUCGGCUCCUGUGAUUGCAGAGGUUGCACAUUUCUGUUUCCCUUCCUCUCUUCUUUUUACAGCAUAAAAAGCAUAGACAGGCAUUGCUAUUCAGAUAUGGAUAUUUUUGUCCAGGAGCAGAGAUGUUUUGUAGAGAUUUUCCUUUAAUGUUGUGUUGAGAUGAAGGAACAAUAGAGCAGCACAGGUAGAACUGGUGGGGUGGCUGGUGUGAUUUGUAUGAUAACCACUGACCAUGUGCUGUACUAUGCUUGGGAUGAGGUUGUGAGGUCAGCUCCCAGGGAUGAAAAAGCGUUGAGUCCAUGCAAAGCAUGGUAGUCGUUGUGUGAAGCAUGGUCUUCGUAUGGUUCGAGUGAAACUCAAAGUGUGUCAUGAUUUGUGCGUGUAUGCGUGAUCAAGUCCAGAAGGACUCUUAUAGAACUGUGUGGGGGGAGGGGGGAGUCUACCCUUCCUCAACAUACCUUCAAUGAUGUGUGCAGCAAUUUGUAACUAAUUUUACAAUUACAGAUGAUAUCUCUAUAUGUAUAUUGAACUUAAACUUUAGAUUUCUUUUCACUAUGAUGUAGCUCAGUGUAUGAUUUUUGUGUAUUAUUGCUUGCUACCUUGAAUAAGGUGUGGAUCUCUCUUAUGGUAACUGACAACUCACACAUGUUCAUGUAUACUACA